GCGGUAUCACGUGACUGGCGGGCGCAGAAUUGGGCACCGGUCCGGGUGCCCGCCCUCCGUCCCUGCAGUCGCACCCCGAGCCGGUCCUCGGAGUUAAUUGUCGCUCCAGUUUCUUUAAGAUCUGCCUGUCUGCUGUUCUCAGCACACUGCAGGCCAGCAAAAGGGGAGCAACCUGUCCAGAAUCCCUGCAGGACUGGAAAAGGAGGAGAAAUCUCAACAUGGAAAAACUCUGCACUGAAAAUGGAAGAAAAUAUGAGAAUCAAGGAAAGAUGGAAAAUGAACACUCUCAGGAUGCAGGAAAGCCAGACAUAGCUUCUGUUCUGGAAGACAAGGAGAAGUUAGAAAGUGAGAGAAAGACAGGAGAUGGGGAAAUGCAAAAAGACAAGGAAAAGUUAGAGAGUGAGGUAGAGCCAGAAAUCAAGGGAAAUCCCGAGAGUAGGGGAAACCCAAAAGGAGAGCCAGAGAGCCAGGGAAAGCAAAAUAGCGAGGAAGACAGAAAUAGUGAAGGAAAAACAGAAAAGCCAGACAGUGAACCAAAAGAUGCAGGAAAGCGUCCUGCUGACGAUGAAAUACCCAGGAAAGCCAAAAGAAAAACCAACAAGGGGCUAGCUCAGUGCCUCAAGGAACAUAAAGAGGCUAUACAUGAUAUGCAUUUCAGCAAUGAGGAGAUGAUAAAAGAAUUUGAUGAGAUGGCUAGGGUGGAGGAUGAGGUAAAGAAAACCAGACAGAAAUUGGGUGGGUUUAUGUGGAUGCAAAAAAAUUUACAGGACCCCUUCCACCCAAGGGGCCCAAGGGAACUCAGGGGUGGCUGUAGGGCCCCACAAAGGGGCUUUGAAGACAUACCUUUUGUAUAGUGCCCUUGGCAGGCUUUCACCAGGUCCUGGGCUAUAUAACCUUAUGCAGAUACUUUAGGUGUCACUCUGGUCUUCCAAUUAAAGCCAUCUAUGAUACUGUAGCAGAUUUUCAUCCUUUGCAUGAAAAAAUGUUUAUGGUGCAUUAUAAAAUUUAAAAGGAAACAGUUUGCAGAACCAUACAUACGGCAUGACUUAAUUUUUUAAAACUACAAAGAUAUUUUGUGAUUUGCAUAUGGAGAAAAUGCAUGGAAAAAGGUACUUGGUGCAUUAUAAAAUUAAAAAGGAGACAGUUUGCAGAACCGUAUAAAUGGCAUGAGUUCAUUUUUUUUUUUGCUUUUUGGGUCACACCCAGCGAUGCUCAGGGGUUACUCCUGGCUUUGCACUCAGGAAUUACUCCUGGCGGUGCUUGGGGGACCAUAUGGGAUGCCGGGGAUCGAACCCGGGUCGGCCGCGUGCAAGGCAAACGCCCUACCCGCUGUGCUAUCGCUCCGGCCCCCAUGAGUUCAUUUUUUUAAACUACAAAGAUAUUUUGUGAUCUGCAUAUGGAGGAAGAACUCUGAAAGCUGUGCCCAUGAAAAGAUAAAUGGUGUGGGGGCUGGAGAGAUAGUACAGCAGGUAAGGUGCUUGCCUUAUGUGCAGCUGACACAAAGUGCAGAGCCAGGAGAACACCCUAAGCACAGUCUGGGUGGCUCAAAAACAAAAACAAAAAAGAUUAACUGGUUUUCUGUGGGUAGUUCUUUUCCUGUUUUUUUUCCCUUUGUUUUCUCCUAAAAUUACUUUUUCCAUAAAAAUAAUGAAAGAUAAAAAUAGAGAAGCAUAUUUUCAGGAUAAAAAUCAUUGAAGGAAAGGGGAAAAGUAAAAAGAAGGAACACAAUAUCAAGAAUUAUUCAUUGAGCUUAUAAAGGCACUGGAGACAUUUAAUAUUGUUGGUAUUGGUGCCAGAAAGAUAGCUCGAUGUGCUUAACAAUGCUUUGCAUGCAUGAGGGCUGGGUUCAGUCCCUAGUACUGCCAGGGGCAACAUGAUCACUGCAGGCCAAUACCCUAAAUAAAAUUCUUGCUGUUAAUAUGUGAAAUUCUGGGUACAAUUCACACUAAGAUCUCAAAGAUGGAGGAAUUAACCUGCUAGUUAUCAUAGAUCCAUUGCUGUAAGAUAUGUCUUAAUAUCUGAAACGAGGAUUGAAUAUGAAAGUUGCUUUGCAUGAUAUGAAAAUCAGAUGAUGUAUUGCAUGUGAGAGUUGUGUUGGGCUAGCUCCUGUCCUCUUCCCUGCACAAGUAGAAGCAAACCUUGUCGGAUAUUUUGGAGGACUGAGGGAUGUCUUACCUCUGUCCAAAAAUAAGUUCAGACAGUUCAAAGGAUCUGUUCCAGGAUAUCACAUCUAGUUCACUACCAUUCAUCCAGUCUCCUUAGUACCUUUUGCCUGGGCAGUCUCACACAACCUGAUUUUGAUGUCCCUGACACAAGCUUCUGAAACUGACAAGUAAGGUAUUUUGUAUAUUCUCUGCCUCACAACUUGGGGUUUGCCUGAUUUUUUUUUCUUUUGCUUACACAGACAUUGUAUUUUGGGAAUAAGACCGCAAUGGGAAAGCACCAUUCUCAUCACAGCACAUGAAGGGUACAUACUUUCAGUGUUAACACUUUUGAUGUUUUGUCACAUGGCUGCUGUUAGUGUUUUUCAUGUUUCUUCACAGUAAAGCUGCUCUUUUCUUUUUCUCUUUUCAUGCUGUACUUUUUGAACAAAAGUCACUAUCUGUGGUUCCAUAUUUAAAGAGUGGAGUGUUAUGCUCCCCCUUCUUGAAGGUGUAGUAUCCACAAAUUAUUUGUAAUGAUCCACAGGAGAUUUGACUCUUACCCAUUCAUUUAUGUAUUCAGCAUUUAAAUUUGUGUUAGUAGAAACUCAUUCUAGCUUUAUACUUUGGAUUAUAAGCUAGCACUUGAACCAAUUGUUCAAGAUUUUGCCAUUAGGAUUCCUUUCAGUUGGCUUACGUAUCUAUUUGACAUAGUCCUAUUAUUGUGCUGUUUUUUAUUUUAAUGCUUUAUUCUUUCUGGCACGACAAAGUGCCCUAGUCUUGCAUAUCUUGUGCUCAAGUCUUAGUAUCAGGUGCUUCUCCAUCACUUAGUAACUUUGGCUAAAAGAUGUUACUAAAGACCGUUACUAAAGACCAAGAUCUUGAUACUAGAUAUACUUAGUACUAUUCAGAUAUUUCAUUACUUCCAAGCCCUCUCAGUUGACAGAGCAAUGAGACAGAUGAAUAGAUAAUAAUCUAUGAAUAUAUAAACAUAUCUUUACAUGUGUAUAUGUACUUACAUCUUUCUUCCUAUUUUUUGUUCCACCUCUGGCUGUACUCAGGGCUUACUCCUGGCGUCUAUACUCAGAGAUCACUCCUGACAGUGCUCCAAGAACCAUAUGAGAUGCUGGGAAUUGAAUGGAUUUACUGAAUGCAGGCAAAGCACCUUAAUCCUUGUACUAUGGCUCUGUAUUUUAUUUAUGUGGAUGGAAAUGUUUGCCUUUAAUCUUAUAGAAUGCACUCAUUUCCAUCCGCACGUUUCUAAAACCACCCGUGUCACUAAUAUUUUUGAUAAGAUUGUUUCUCACAUCUGUAAUAUACUUAGAUGCUUUUGUCACCUUCUGCAUUUGGGGAGUGCUGUUGUAAAUGGUAUUUUUAAAUUUGAAUUCCACUUCUUCAUUGCUGUUAUAUAGGAAAUCAGUUAGUUUUUGGUUAGUAGACUGACAUUCUUUGACCUGUGGCCAGGAGUUUGUUAAUGUUUGGGCAUUUUCUACACAUAUGAUAAGGUGUAGAAAUAGUUAUAUUUUUUUACAUUUAAAAAUCUAUGAUUUUUUUCUUUUCUUUGUCUUGCAUUAGUUAAGACUUCAAGUAUGAUGUUAAUUAGGAGUAAUGAAAAAAUACAUCCUUGCCUUUUUCCUGAUCUGACAGUGAAAAGUUCACUUUCUUAUUGCUAAGUAUAAUGUUACUUAUGUAGCGUUGGAGAGAUAGUACAGGGAGUAAGGUACUUGCCUUGUACAUGCUGACACUAGUUCAAUACCCAGCACCACACAUUCCCUGAGCACCACCAGUCCUAACUACCUGGGGUAUGAAAGAAAGAUAUAAUAUUAGUUGUAGAUAUUCUUUACCAAGUUAAGUUCCCCUCUAGUCUAGUUUGAAAGCCUUUAUAAUUAAGUGGCAUUGGAGUCUAGAUGCUUUUCUGAAUCAAAGGAUAGAAUUAUACACUUCUUCUUUGCUCUGUAAAUGUGGUGAAUUAUAUUGAUAGAACUACAAACGGUUAACUAGCCUUGUAUUUCUAGAAAAAUUUCCACUUGAUUGGUGUAUAAUUUUUACACUGUUGAUUCAAUUUACUAAUAUUUUAUUGAGGGAUUUGUAUCAACAUUAAUGAGAUAUAUUGCCUUGUAUUUUUCCUUUCUUAUAAUGUCUUUUAUGGUUUUUGUUUUUCUGGACCACACCCAGCUGUGCUCAGAGUUUAGUCUGGGCUCUGUACUCAGGGAUCACUUCAGGUGGGCCUCAGGUAACUAUAUGGGGGCGGAAAAUAGGACACAGUUUGGCUACAUUUAAGGCAAGUGCCCUGCUCACUGUACUAUCAUUCACCCCCAUUUUCUAAUGCCUUUUUAUCUGUAAUUAGAAUUAGGGUAAUACUGCCUUCCUAAGAGAGUCAAGAAGUAGUCAAUUCUCUUUUUGUGGUAUGAAGAAGUUGUGGACAACUGGUACUUUUUUUUGCAGGGAUGUCAUUCAUUCCCAGCAGUGCUAGGGGACAAUGUGGUACUGGGCAUCAAACAGGGAAUUCACAUAUUCAAAGCAAGGGUUCCACACCUUUGAACAAUUUCCCAGGCCCCCAACUGGCACUUAAGAGUGUUUGGUAAAAUUCACUGGUGAAGCUCUUUUUGUUCUGGCAAUGUCCAUCUUUGGAAGAUUGCUAAUUAUUGAUUCAAUUUCCUUAAUAAAUUCAAGUUAUCUUU